GCGAGCGGGGAGGAGCCGCAGAUUUACAGAACCUCCUCUAUCCCUGAAGUCAAAACACUCCGGGCAGACAGACAUUUGCUGACAGCAGUGUCAGGACGGGUCUCUGGUCUCACCGUGUAGCCUCUCUGUCAUUACGGAGUCGAACCGGCAGGUCCUGCCCGGUUGUUGUUGUUGUUGUUGUUGUUGACGUGCGUGUCGGUGAAACCAGCUGAGGGAGGAAGCGCAGCCUCUGGAUCUACUCCGCAACGCAUCUGCGCAGACGGAGACGAAGAGGCUGAAGAAAAAGAAGAAGAAGAAGAAGAAGAAGAAGCCCCGCUGCAGUGUUUACCAAGAUGCCGUUUUACGUUAACGGCAUCCUUUCUGCGCUCGCGCUGCUGCUGCUGCUGUGGCGCGCGGAGGAGCUCGCGGAAGCGUGCAGCUGCGCUCCGGUGCAUCCGCAACAGGCGUUCUGCAACGCCGAUGUAGUGAUCCGUGCAAAAGUGGUGGGCGAAAGAGAAGUUGAUUCUGGGAACGACAUCUACGGGAACCCCAUCAAGAGGAUCCAGUAUGACGUCAAACAGAUCAAGAUGUUUAAAGGGCCCAACCAGGACAUUGAGGCGGUUUUCACUGCACCAGUUUCUGCUGUGUGUGGCGUCACCCUGGACGCAGCUGGGAAGAAGGAGUACCUGAUCUCAGGCAAGGCCGAGGCGGGCGGACGCAUGCACGUGACCCUGUGCGAUUACAUCAUGCUCUGGGACUCCUUGAGCGCCACCCAGAAAAAGAGCCUCAGCCAGCGCUACCAGAUGGGCUGCGACUGCAAGAUUGUGCGCUGUCCCUCCCUGCCCUGUGAGAUCUCAGCCCCUGAGGAGUGUCUGUGGACGGACCUGAUGAUCGAGAAGCAGGUGCACGGACGCCAGGCCAACCACUACGCCUGCGUCAAGAGGGCAGAUGGCUCCUGCUCUUGGUACCGUGGCGUCGCCCCACCCAAGAAGGAGUUUCUGGAUGCAGAGGACCCUUAAGUCYGCAACCUGACAGAGAGAAACGGAAACAAGGCAAUUGAAAUAAAAAAUUAGGCUAUUUAAAAAUGUAAAGCUAUCGUGAUAGAAAUUAGCUGCCUUUCUGAGAAUAACUUUUAGCCUCUUGUCGAUGUGACCACUUUUCAUGCUAAAGUUUCCCAUGAUUAAACAACUCAGAARUGGCUCAAAAGUUGUCGUCAGAUGCAGCUUUUUCAUUAAAAUUUUUUUUAAAAAACAUGAUAUUAUGAGACUUAGGCUGUGUUGGAAAUGUUCACUCACUCRUUAUGUAAAGUUCAUUUUAAACUAAUUAGUAUUUACAGUUAUUUAUUCCAUAAAUAAUCACCAGCAAGAUAGAGGCCUAAAUUUGAGRUGAUGGAUUUGGAAAAUCAAACAAUUAGCAUUGACGUUAGCAGUACAACACUGUUUUACACACUUCACGCCACAGUUAGCAUACUAGCAUACUGAUACUAGCAGUCAGGCUCAGUUACCUUAAUGGCCAGAUGUUUAAUAUUAGCCUUCACUCAGUCUGCUUGUUGUUAAAAGUGGACUAGUUUUCUUGAAAGCAACAUAAUUGAAGUAAUUUCCUGUUUUAUUCAAGUCAGCCUGUAGUUAGCUGCCACUGCUGUUAGCAAUUAGAAUGCUGGCAUUAGUGGUUACCACUUGGCUAUUUGGUAACUUCUUAGCGUUAGCUUUGAUUCGUCUUUUAAGACCUUAAGUGAAAACACAACAGUGGUCCUAGAAAUCAGUUUCCUAAACGUCCAUUAACAGUUAACAUUUGCUAAUGCUAAUGGUUAGCAUAAACCGUAUGCUAACAGUGUACACUCCCUGUAUUCUACUUUACAAAAUGGGCAAAUUGCUAAUAGUGGACUCAGUAAUGAAAGAGUGGACAAUUUGAACACAACUAUAGACUGGUGGAGUGUCGGUGCAACUUCCUCCUGAGGCUGGCGUUAGGAGGUAAUACAUGCUUGCUGAGACAGAGCUCUCCCUGUCCAAAAACGCUCAACAUCAGAGCAGCAGUCAGUCAUUCUCUGCUCCCUCAGACCAUCAUUUACUCUCCAUCUUGUUUCAACUUUUAUUACCUCAUUCUCWAUUUUAUUCCAAAGCAAGUUUCAAGUUGCCUUUCUUUUUUAAAUAUCUCUUAUUUACACUUCUCUCAUUUUCUCCCCAUAAGUACUGGUGACGCCCACAACCUGCUUUCCUUAAAUAGAGCGCGUAGAUGAAGAUUACCCAUCUAAAUUAAAGCCAACUCCUCUUCACUACUCUGCAGUCAAAUCUUAAAUACUGUAUCCCCUUCCUUYUUUUCAUCUUUAUGUAGCUGUACAGUACCUAUGCAUAUACUUUUGGUGUUACUUGAUAAUUAUUAUUUACUGCAUUAGAACUAGAUUUGCACUUUUUGAGGAUGAAUUCUAGUAAAGACAAGAGCCUUAGCACGUGGAUGUGACAUUUGUCGUUUGCCCAGACUGCCAAAUCCACCUCUGGUGYAGAUUUUGUCUGGUGAUGAAAGAACACACGCAAAUCUUCGCUWUAUUUGUCAUAACACAAAAUAAAAUAUUACAAUAAAACCGUAGACGUGUGAAAGUCCUGGGUAUCGGGAAACUUGGGGGAGAUUGAAUGUGUGAAAGAGGGAUUGAGAUGAGCUCGCAAGAWGAUAUUUCAGUGUCUUUGUAUUAUCUGUCGAUUGUAAAUGCAAACAGCAGUUUAAUGGUAUUCUCUACAUGCCUAAUGUUAGCUCUGACUUGUCUUUCAAGUUAUUAUUAAAUAAAAGCUUUAUCGCUGUCCUAGAAAGCAACCUAAUCAAAGUUUACAGUGAUGUUUUAUACACCUCAACCUACAAUAACUAAAAAAUAUAUGUAUGAUGGAGUAUUAGAGGCAUAAUUUAAAAGUAAACUCUUUCCAUUUUCAUUUACUUUGUACUUUUCAGUGUUAUUAUAAAAGCCGUCAUGAUUUUUGUGUGUUUGUCCACAAUUGUUUUUAGCUGUCUUCAAACAGAGGGACCUCUUGCGCUGGAGUAACGUGAGAGUGCGGUUAACAAGUCCUUUUAGCGGAAGUGUAGAGAAAUAAGUAUACAUUGUUUUAUUAGAGGACUUUGCAUGUUUUUGAUGCUUUGUGUAAGUCCAGGCAAAGGACAGAAUAUUCAGUAUUAUCAAAUAAAAACACAAGUUUGAAAGAGUC